AUGCUAAGCAUCUGCUCUCUUCCCAAGUCUCCUCCUGCCUUGAUAAUCAGCCGGUCUCCCACUAGCAACUGCUCUCAUUCUAAGUCUCCUGUUCUGCUAUUCCUGAUUCCCAGCUUCUUCAAGGGAUCCAUAUUGCGGUCUGAUGUGCUGUGUUUCUCCACCCCACCUCCCCUCCUGGUCCACUACUCACUCGUGUCUCCGUGUGUGCUGUGCUCCUCCCCUCCUCCCUUCUUCCCCUCCUCCCUUCUUCCCCUCCUCCCUUCUUCCCCUCCUCCCUUCUUCCUCUCCUCCCUUCGUCCCGUCGUCCCUCUCUUCCAACAGCACAAGCUCUGGCGGGCAGCGCGGGGGCAUGGGGAGUGGCGCCUACUGGGUGGAGUGGAGGGGGGGACUGCAGCCAAGUGCAAGGGGCACGGUGGUGGAAAUGUGAGGCACGGUGGUGGCAAUGUGAGGCACGGUGGUGGCAAUGUGAGGCACGGUGGUUGCAAUGUGAGGCACGGUGGUGGCAAUGUGAGGCACGAUGGUGGCAAUGUGAGGCACAGUGGUGGCAAUCUCCCUACCUCUCUUCCUCCCUGCUUUCCUCUCUUCCCUUCCGCCGUCCUCUGUUUCAUAGCCUCCCCUCUCCCAUCUACCCGUCCCCCUCCCUCCCAGCCUUUCCUCUUGCGCUCUCCUCCUGCUCUCCGUGCCCCAUCUCCCUCCAUCUCCCUCCAUCUCCCUCCAUCCCCCUCUCACACCAUCCCCCCCUCUCUUUCUCUGCCCUCUUUCUCUCGCUGUCUCAUCCUUUCCUCCCCCGCGCUCCUCUCUUCCUUCCUUCUCCAGCGAUCUGAGUCACAACAACAUAUGGGGCACAACGCCGUCGUUUCUCAGCCUGCUGACGCAGCUCAGGCGCCUGUGAGUCAGCGGCCUGGGAGGCUUGAGAGUUGGAAGCUUGAGAGACACGAGGAGGCUUGA